UCUUCUUUUUUUUGGCUGGAUAUCAAUGUCGUAUGUGUAUUAUACAACAUUCCCUGCCCCAGACAUAGUAUUGCAUGUAAGUAGUCAUAUUUAAUCGAUGACUUUAGAUGUACAAAUAGUUGAAUUUGUUCAGUCAAGAUACACAAGAAGCCCACAGGAGAUGGCCAGUGGGGUCCGAGACAGCGUGACAACCAUAUGUGCGGAUUUACAGAUCAGAUUGCUAAUGUAAGAAAUGUAGCAUUAUAUUGGAAUAGCUAGUUACUCUCUCAGAAAUGCUACUGGGAUGUUCAGUUUUAUCUGUGACACCAUGGCUUGGACUGAGGAGACUAGCCAACCAACCAGCUCAGGUGGUCAAUGCACUAUUUAGAAAGAGAGAUAGAGAGUGAUGGGCAUCAGCUUUUAUUGAAGACCAGCAAUUACUGUACACCAACAUGAUGUGGUACACUGAUGGCUGGAUGUCUUUAGAACUGUACUGUGAUGUGACCUAUUGCAAUGGACUCUGACAAGGGUGGGAGAAAGAUGCUUAGGUCUUUCAGACAGAGAAGUGUCAGUAUGUAUAUUAAGCUUGGUGUGAGAAACCAUUUCUGAGAAGUUGUGGGGAGCUGUGCAAAUAGCUGUUCUGCGACCUCAUGAGUGGAUGUGCAUCUGCAUUUAUAAUGUACAUGCAUGUAGUUCAGAGGUCUGUAUUUCUUCUGUUUUGUCUUGUGAUGUGUAGGCUACCUAUUGUCUUGUUACUUUGAACUACAUCUUGUACACGCAGAGUGAUAUAAAAAUAAAAACAUAUUAUUAUUGAGAAUGUAUAGAAACAACCAUCUCACUUUCAUGGAUUGCAUGUGUGUGUGUGUGUGUCUGUGUGUGUGUGUCUCUUGAGUUUACUCCACAUGAGAAGAAGCAGUUGGAAACCAUGAGGAUACACAAGAAUGACGUCCUGGAUGAUAUUCAGAAGCUGAGGCUGGAAAUUGAGAACGUCAUGAGUGAGAUUGAGAACAUGGCUUCUGAUGAGGAGAACAAAUCAGCUGUGCGGACUAAGCGAUUCCUUUGUGGGAAGAAGAAGUUUAACAUGGAUCCAAAAAAGGGUAUCCAGUAUCUGGUGGAUAAUUGCCUAUUGGAAUGGACACCUGAGGCAGUGGCAGAAUUCCUUUAUAAAGAGGACGGCCUUAACAAGACUGCCAUUGGAAACUUCCUAGGAGAGAGAGAAGACAUGCAUCUUAGGAUUCUGAAAGCUUUUGUGGACCUUCAUGAGUUUUCCGACCUGAAUUUAGUGCAAGCACUGAGGCAGUUCCUGUGGAGUUUUCGUCUUCCUGGUGAGGCCCAGAAAAUUGACCGCAUGAUGGAGGCCUUCGCAACUCGCUACUGCAACUGUAAUGCAGGCGUCUUUCAGUCCACUGACACCUGCUAUAUCCUGUCCUUUGCCAUCAUCAUGCUGAACACCAGCCUGCACAACCCCAACGUGAAGGACAAGCCCAACCUGGAUCGCUUCAUCAGCAUGAACCGAGGCAUCAACAACGGGGGCGACCUGCCCAGCGACCUCCUCACGAAACUGUAUGAGAGCAUUCACAAUGAACCAUUCAAAAUCCCUGAGGAUGACGGCAAUGAUCUCACACACACAUUCUUCAAUCCAGACCGAGAGGGGUGGUUGCUAAAAGAGGGGGGCAGGGUGAAAACGUGGAAGAGAAGGUGGUUCAUUUUGACCGACAGCUGUCUCUAUUACUUUCAGUACACUGCGGACAAAGAGCCUAAAGGGAUAAUUCCAUUGGAGAACCUCUGUGUGGAUGAGGUGGAGGAUCCUCAUAAGCAGUUCUGUCUGGAGCUGUCCAGCCCCCAGGGGAAGAAGAUCAAGGCCUGCAAGACUGAGACGGAUGGCAAAGUGGUCAUGGGGAAGCACCAGUCCUACCGCAUCAGCGCGUCCACCGCCGAGGAGAGGGACGAGUGGAUCAAGUCCAUACGGGCCAGCAUUACUAAGGACCCCUUCUAUGACUUGGUGUCAGCACGCAAAAAGAAGCUUGCCAGCAAUGUGGAAACCCAUGACUGAACACCUCAAGACCAAAUAGCCCUACUUGCUUAGAGGUCACCACGAGGGGGCCUCUUGAGCUGUUAAUGUUUGUAGAUUAAAACCCACAGGUGUCAAACCAGUCUGUGCUUGAAGAAGUGCUUCCGGAAGGCGCCAUGAUGCUAUUUUAUCCUCCAGCUGAGAGGACAGAGGUACUGGAAGUGAUGGUCAGCACUAGAGGUGGAAAACAAGUGGCGUGAUGUUUCACAGGUCUCACCCUCACAAUUUGCCACCUCAAAAGUUCUCACAGUUGCUUGUGAAUAGAAGCUAAAUUGGGGUGAUCUAGACCUACACAGCUCUCAUAAUUUACUGUUCUUGGAACGCCAAAGCUACAAUUUCUAUACUAAAGUGACAUCAUGAAGAAUGUUAUUUUUAAUUUAUUUAACCAUUUUUGGAAAAUGCUAAUGUUGAUCUUUUUUUUGAAGGAUUCUAUCUUGGUAACAUAAAACAUGUUUUCAAUGGGAUAAUGUCAAAUAAUUGUAUAAAUGUCAAAUAUUGUCAUGACUGUAUAAAAGUUUUUUAAUCAUAUUUUACAGUCAGCAAUGUAUGUAAAUAAGCUGUUUACAGAGGGUGUUAUGACGUCAUCCCCAAAAUGUCAUUAAUUUUUGUACAUAAUUAUUGGUUUAUUUAAUAAAUAGAUAUAAAUGACCACA